AUGUCUACGAGUUCUACAGCAAGGAGAGAUUAGCAUAAUCGAGAAUAUCUAAACAGACAUGUGAAUGACAUCCUAGAGCCAAUGAUGCUUGAAGUCAUCAAGAACAAACCUGAUAACCAGGCUAAAUUUAUGAUGAAAUAUCUGGGAGAGUCUUUUGGAGAGAGAGCAACAUUCGGAGACAGGUCGUUGCUUGAAAUGCUCAGAGGAGAAGCUAAAAGACUAGAAAUUCUUAUUAAAGAAAAAGAAGAAAGAAAGCAAGAUUAACAAGAGGAAGAGAAAGAUAAUGACAGAAGUGGUGUUGGAAGUGAGCAUGAAACAGAUGAGGAUGAUGAUGAUGAUUAUCUUGAAGAUCUGCCUUAGAAAAUAGUAAAUCAGGUGAAAAAGGGACCAAGAUCAUCAGUAUCAGCUGAAGCUUUCGGUUAAUGGAAUAAGAAAUCUGAUUUUUAAGCUCGAGUUGUUGCUAAAUCUAACGAGACUAAGUAGAAAAUUAUGACUCGUCUUGGAUAGGCUUUUAUGUUCAGUGCACUUGAUGAAAAAGAAAAACAAAUAGUAGUUGAUGCUAUGGAGGAGAGAAAGGCCUCAGUUGGAGAUCACAUUAUCACCUAAGGAGAAGAGGGAGAUUACUUGUAUGUUGUUGAAACCGGCACUCUAAGUUGCUACAAACUUUUCCCGGGAAAUAAAGAGGAGACUUACUUAAAAAAAUACAUGCCGGGAGAAUCAUUUGGUGAGCUGGCUUUGCUCUAUAACUGUCCAAGAGCAGCAACUAUAAAGGCUGAUGGUGAAGCUGUGCUUUGGGGUCUCGAUAGAAAUACUUUCAAUCACAUAGUUAAAGAUGCAGCGAGUAAAAAGAGGGAGAAGUAUGACAAGUUCUUGCAGAGUGUGAAAGUAUUGCAGGGAAUGGAUGCAUAUGAGAGAUCCAAACUUGCAGAUGCAUUCAAAGAGGACACAUUCAAGCCAGGUGAAUAUAUCAUUAAGGAGGGAGAAGAGGGUAAUCAGUUCUAUAUGAUUGAAAGCGGUGAUGCUCAAGCUACAAAGACUUUAAAUCCAGGUGAAGACCCAGUGGUAGUUAUGCAUUAUAAGAUUGGUGAUUAUUUCGGUGAAAGAGCUUUGCUUAAAAAUGAGCCAAGAGCAGCUAAUGUAGUGGCCAAGACUGAAUGCAUCGUUGUAUCGAUGGACAGACAUUCGUUCAAAAGAUUGCUAGGGCCUCUUGAGGAAAUCCUUAAGAGAAAUAUGGAACUGUACGAGUAAUUCUAAGCAUAGUGA